GUUGGAUAGUACUCAACUGAAUAUGUAGGUUUGUAAAUUAUAGUUGCCUGUAGAAUUUGGUGUGGCUUUUCAAACGUGCCCGUCUUCCAAGAAGGUAACCAAUCGUAACUUCUGCUGAAAUGUGACGUUUAAAAAUACAAAGUGGUCCAUAGCACGUUGGAUAAAAGUUGGCUGCAUGCACAGAUUAACAAGCUACUGUUAUCGGAAUUUUAACAUAUUUUCUGCUUGAAAGGUAGACCAAUGGACCUCGAUAUAUAUUUAUCUGCUAGCCCCCCACUCUUCAACCAUAAUGUUUUUCAUGGUUUCAACACUAAACCUUCGUUCCGUAACCAUCACAUGCUACCUCCUGUUAAAGAUUUGUAUUCGUAUCGAAACUCUUCCACAAUGUGUCCAACUCAUUCAUGCUCCCCUAUACGAGAUGAUGGAAUCACAAUGGAAUCUAAAACCACUAUCAGGGGCAAGAAACGCGUGUGGUUUGCUGAUGAUAAGGGAUUAGAGUUAACGCACGUUCGAUUCAUGACAGAACCAUCAGAUUGCCCACCUAAUUGGACUGAUGAUUUUAUAGAGCACAUAACUCUGGGGGUGAAACCACAACUUACAGGGGAUAGUACAUGGGAAGCAACUUUCUCCCAACCAGCUUCCGAUUAUAUGGAAUUCAGAAAUAAGCUGGAACGCAACUGCCUGUCCUUGGAAAAUGUGAUUGUUAAAGAUGAUGAUCAACUUACUGGUACUAUUAAAGUAAAAAACCUGUCUUUUGAGAAAGAAGUGUUCGUUCGGGUGACUUUUGAUCGCUGGCUGAAUUACUUAGACUUACCAGCAACAUUUGUUCCUAAUGGAAUGGAGUGUUCAUUAUUAUAUGAUACAUUUUCGUUCUUGCUUACUAUUCCGUCGUCAGCAGUUAACUUCGAAGUGAUAGAAUUUUGUGUGUGUUUCAAAAGUCAUAAUUCUGCAUUCUGGGACAAUAACGGUGGUUCUAAUUACAAACUGAUUAGGAAAAAUAAGGAAACUGGGGAAUUGCUUGAUAUGCGAAGAUUCGUUGACGCUUUCAAAGCCGAGUUUGAUUCUUGGGCUAAUUUCGCUAGCUGGAAUCACUUAGUAUCUCAAGGGCCAUACUGGUGAAGAGAAGACCAGAACGACAUUGUGUACAAUUUGUAUGAAAACAUUCGAAGGAAAUGUGCAGGUUUUGCAUAUGUAAUAAAACAUAUAACACCAAUGAACGCUCUGACGUUUUUCCUGAACUUUAUUUUCUGCUUUUUACAUUUACGAGUUAGUUCGCAUUUCAAGUACUGAACAAAUUAUAAAAUAUUCUUAAGGUAUAUAUUUGUUCCCACAUGCUUCUGAAAAGUUUCAGUUGAAUACAUGUUAUGAGAAUCUCACGGAAUUAUCCGUACCAAGUACUUCCAGAUUUGUUAACUAACCAAAUCUGAAUAUGUGGAUACACAUUAAUGCUGUACUGCAUUAAGCCAUCGAAAACAGCUAGAAAUAUGCAUAGCUGUAACUUAAUGCGAUUUAUUAAUUAAGAAUUUCCAGCCAAGCAUUUCCGUUGAUUUACUUAAAGGAUUACAGGAACUUUGCUCUACUGUCUUAGAGAAAGCUACGUAGCGGUGAUCUCCGCUCCACAAUUGAUUCUUAGAAUUCUUCUGUUCCACUUGAAAUAAUUCAGUGUUAUCGGUUUGUUGAUGAUUCUUCAUUUUCUCUUUGAUAACGGUCAUGUGAGAGAGGUUUCCAACAGUAGAUAGACGGCUAGAAAUUAGUAUCUAGAGAAGACAGCUCUGAUGAUUAAUAGUUCAUCUUCUUGAAAUCAACUGAACUUUUGAACUGCACGUGAAAGGACAAAGAACAGUACGAAGGAAAAACAUUUUGAUCGUACUUCGUCUCCUUGAUAAGUUAAUUGUAAAAAUACGUGUUUGAAAAGUAAGAAAUAGCGUUAUAAAAAUAAUUAUAUGAUAUAGCAUCUUUUCUAAAGCAGUUGGCUGUGAAAACGCUUCAACUACUUACAAAAGGAAAGAAAAUGAUAUAAGUUUAUUUGUUGUUGUUUUUUUAAAUAUUUUCUUGCUACCAAUUAUUGGGAAAAUUAUUUUGGAUAACGUUGUAAGAACUCGUUAAUUGUACUUAAAAGAACGAAAAAGUUUUUGAAGGAAGAUACUGAUAGUUUUUCUUAACCCCCCUUCGAUAACAGUUAAGCUAUAUUUAGAGUUAACUAUAUAUGUCUAGAAGAAAUUCUUUACAAGAAAAUAGGUGAAAUAGGUUUUUAUAGGUGAAAACAAUCGAUCCAUUAAACAUUUCUAAUCUUUGCAGUGCAAGUCUUCCUUUAAUCUACAACAAGUGCUUUUUUAUAUUUUACCUGAACAUGUCUAUGAAUUUUAAACGAAUCUUGCUGAACUCUAAUAGUUUUACUUGUUUUAUAUACUUCUAAUUUGACUUAGUUAAUUUCAUCUUAUUAGAAGUUAGUUUUAUAAGUUUUCUUUUAGUUAAUAAUUUGCUAGUUUUUAACCAGAUUUUUUUUUCUCAGUUUAAAGAACGCUACUUUAUGUACUGAAAUCCAAGUCAAAUUAAAAUGUCAAGUCGAGCAUGUGGAAUGUUAUGCUAGUAUUAAAAAAACAAAGCCUAGUCGUGUUAUGCUAUGUUUUGCAAACACUAACAUCAGCUGCAGAAUGCACUUGACAGACUUGUACCUAAAUUAAAUAUCUUAACAGUAAUGUUAAAACAACCUGUUCUUAUUAACAAAAAGAAAUAAACUACAAUUUUGGAACAGAAUAUUAGUACAAAAAUUAGUUUUGACACUUAAAUGUGCCCUCUUCAGUCCAAUAUAUUCUUCUGGACAAAAGAGGACAUAUGAAAGUGCUGAAACUAUUUUCAUAAUCUAUAACAUUUUAUUCCAAAAAUGUUUGUUUCGCUAAUUUAGUUAACACGCACGGUGUUGUGAAUUUUAGCUAACACGUUCAAAUCUUUAGUUAUGAAUUUUAUAACUUAAUUUUUCUCCAAACACAGCGUGCCUUUUUGGCAAUAGUAUUCUAUUAUAACAAGGAAAUCUUUCAACAGGAUUAUUUCAUAUGAAGGUUGGUGUACCCAUUUUCACACUUCUAUACGUUUUCUGGAAAACUUUCGGCUGUUUGUCACACGUAGGUAAACAUCUAUUGAAUAAUUUUGAAGCACAAAUGCUAUUCUGUUCCUCCUAUUGUCUAACAACAAACAAAGUUGUAGUUUUUUAGUAAUAUAAUUCCCAUCUUUAAUCUGGUAUUAAUUAAUCAUUUAUAUUGAAACCUCAAAAUGUCUUGGAUAUUUACAUAAAAACACCAACACAAAAUAUCCGAGUGGGAUUUUAUACCCGCAGUUUAUCUGGGUGUAAUUUUAUAGUAUAAGCACUGGAUUUGGUCUUCAUUACAAUCAGUCAAGAACUACGACCUGAAAGAUGGAUUUGUUACAAACGGUCUGAAAGUUUCAUUUCAAAUGGUAAAGACGACUAAAGUUAAACAAUCCUACACCAUUCGCAGUUUCUUUUCUUUGCUAUGUACACAGUAAAGGGGGGAUUCCAAUGAAUCCCUAGUUGUGUUUGUGGGCAGAAGUUUAUCACUAUGUACACAGUAAAAGGGAGAUUCCAAUGAAUCCCUAGUUGUGUUUGUGGGCAGAAGUUUAUUACUAUGUACACAGUAAAAGGGGGAUUCCAAUGAAUCCCUAGUUGUGUUUGUGGGCAGAAGUUUAUCACUAUGUACACAGUAAAAGGGGGAUUCCAGUGAAUCCCUAGUUGUGUUUGUGGGCAGAAGUUUAUUACUAUGUACACAGUAAAGGGGGGAUUCCAAUGAAUCCCUAGUUGUGUUUGUGGGCAGAAGCUUGUUAGUUUUUUUGCUAACCGUAAAUAAUGUAAUAUUAUGGGUGUGGUCGGUAAGACUUAAUCAAUCUUUGCAUCUUACUUUGAAUAAAAGGAAAACAUGUUUGAAGAAUGAGAUGUGUAAAACAAAAACAACAUGAGGUAUUGAACUUUAUUCUUAAAUCCAAUACUAUCGGAAUAUAAAAAAUAAACUGGUUUGUCGUACUUUUUUUUUAAUAUUGCGAAUAAUUUAUAGCCACACAAAUAUUAUGUCGACGAUACCCAAGAAAUAUAUAUUUUUACAACAGUUCCUAUAUGUACGUCAGUGUGAUGUGGAAAAUCUUUUGCUUUUUUUUUUGCCUACAAUUUUUAUUUCGUUUUCAUAGUUAAGGGUAUUAUAUACAUUGUUACUUUGAAUGUUAAAAUGAUAAUUGAACUUGCAUAUUAUUUUCUUGUUCGAUAUUUUCAAAUUUUCUUUUAGUUCACAUAUUAAUGAUAAUGUUUGUUUGGGAAUCAUAGCAUUCCUUGUACAUAUUUAUUAUUUUGUAAUACAUAUUUUGAUGUUCUUGGUUGUUUUUUAACUGAGCAGCUUUUUCGUAGUUACAAAUGCAGGUUUUUUUGGAGAGAGGUUGGUCGCAUUUUAUUGUGACGCGUUUUUGCAGUUCUAAUGCAUGACGAAUGAUAAAUUUAAAGUUUUUACUUUAAUCAAUCUACGCUGUGUAAAUAUUUCUUGAGCUAUUUGUUUGAAAUAAGAAUGUUGUAUAGUGCUGUUGUAAUUAUUAAUUUUUAUAUUUUAGUGUAAUUUCACAAGCUCUAAUACUUCAGUGUUUAUAUGAAGAUAAUGUACUUUUCAUUACCUAUAUCACAAUUCAA